AUGAAUAUCUACACAUUUUCUUCGCUUCUCCUUUUCCUAGGAGUGAGCUUCGCGCAGCAGCUUCGCUAUGAACCUCUGAGAAACAGGGGACGAGAUGAAGAUGCCAGCCUGUGGUCGCAGGGAACGGACACAUAUGUCCGUGCUCACGGUCUGAGCUUCGAGUGGCUUGAAGUACCGACGCAAGACGACGUCACGAUCAGAGUUCAUCACCUCUGGAACCCCAGAGUCAAUGGAACCAUGAUCCCAGUGCUAAUGGCUCAUUCUCUCCUUGUGAGUGGCGAUGUCUUCCUCCUGAAUAAGCCGGAACAAAGCUUUGCAAUGAUCCUGGCAAACAACGGUUACGAUGUAUAUAUCAUCAACUUCCGAGGUUCUUCGUAUAGUCCGUUGACUAGAGAUGAAUUCGUGAACUCCACUCUGGACGACAACAUAUUCAAAGACUUUCCCGCAACGAUCGAUUUCGUACUGCAAAGGACAAACCAGGAAACUCUCAAUAUAGUCGCCUAUUCGAAAGGCGCAUAUGUUUCUCUCGGACUCCUCGCCAACAAGCCCGAGUACAACCAGAAAGUUCGACUUCUCAUCCUCAUGUGCCCUGUGACUGCGAUCACAAAACCGGUCGCCCUCAUUAGCAGCCUGAUGGGCGUAUUGGAAGUCGCCAUCAAGACUUUCGGAAUUCCGCUCUCAGACAUUGUAGACUCAAAUUUUUACUUCGGAAUUUUCCGCUUACCCGGAGUACCCCGUGCCAUCGACCUUCUCGGUCACCUUUUGCCUAUUGGGACCCGGUGCGUUUACAACGCUCUGUUGACAGGGACCAUAGACUGCAUCAGCCCCCUCAACUUCGACAUCGACCUAAUUGAGAAAGUCUUCAUUCGCGGCGUUCCCGAUGGCGUUAAAACGCGUGAAUUGAUUCAAUUCACUCAAAACUCUCGAAGCGAGCAGUUCCAAUCGUAUUCGCCAUCUUGGUACGAUAGGAGUCUCGGAAAUAUUCUUGGCAGCGUUCCAGAGGCCCUGGCCCAUGUGGUGUAUGUCCGAGAAAAUCUGGAUAAUGUGGAGGAGUACGACUUGAGCGCUGUGACAGCCCCGGUGGCCAUACUCCAAGCGAAUCACGAGGUAUUCAGCCAACCGCAGGAUUACCGAAGAAUCCGGAACUCACUCUGCUCGAACAUCAUCGGGGGGCGGCUCAAUCCUGAUAAAUACGUGUUCGCGGUCACCGAUCCGAAUUUCGCACACACGGACCCCACGGUCGGUACACGCAGCGAUGAAGUUUACGGCAACGCCUUCUACAUGAUAAUGCGCGAGAACGACUUGUCGCUCGACAGUUCCCAGGGGGACGUCCUUGGUUACUUGGACCCUGAUUUCAGUCAUCUCGCCUCUCAGACUUGCGAAUCUUCCCCAGCUUCAUGA